UUACACAAAGACUUAACUAGUACAUCAAUGUGCAUCACGUGUAUCUUUCAUAGUAUAAAUAAUGUUAAAAAAUAAAUAUUAAUGCUAUCCUUCUGUUGUUUAUUUCGCACGCGUUGCUCACGUAACGCCUGACGGUUUAGUACGGCCAGUUGAAAAGGGGGGAUCGGUUAAGUAAGAGGUUACGGCACUCCGGCAAACCCCAGCACUCACUACUCACUUGCAGGCCAAAACGAUCGCCGAGUGCAUUUUGCAGAAAUCUUAAAAUCGGGUCAAACGUCUUUGAGCGCACGGACAGUGUUUAAAGAAAGUAAAAGUGACUGUGUUGAGCAAGUUUAGCGGAAAAACAUGCAGAUUACACACAUCAUCGUGCUCUCCGCCCUCGUGGCCGUAGCGUACUCCGCGGAGACCACUCGGCCUCCGGUUUCCGACACGGCCCUAGAAGAGGCUCUGAACGACAAGCGGUUUAUCCAGAGGCAGCUCAAGUGUGCCCUGGGCGAAGCACCCUGCGAUCCCAUCGGGAAAAGACUGAAGACCUUAGCACCGCUGGUUUUAAGAGGCGCCUGUCCUCAGUGCACUCCUCAAGAGACCAAGCAGAUUCAGCGCACUCUAUCAUACGUCCAGAGAAAUUUCCCCCAGCAGUGGGCGAAGAUUGUACGCCAGUACGCGGGUUAAUUUAAGCUAUCUUUACAAAUAAAGCUAAGUACACAUCUAAGCAACUAGGCCAACGAAUGGAGUACACUUUCGAUGGUCCUUUUUGGAAAGUUCGCCUUUGUACUUAUGUGAGUGGCACGUUCUUUGGCUAUCGUUGGCUUAGUGUGUGUGCUUAAGAAAAAACACGUACAAUAAAAUAUUUAAAAAAAAAAUAUGUAGUCGAAGAAAUUCUAGUAUAACGAAAACAAAUUAGGUACAUUUUCAUAAAAUCAAAUUAUGAGGUUGUUAGCACGAGUUUUUAUUUUUAUAAUAUAUUGUAAAAGUUUUAUAAGUAUAAAAAUAAAGUACAUAAUUAUCUUGUAAUUAAAUUAAAUUAUAAGUAAGGGAUAUUUAAAGUAGGUACAUUAUUUAAAGGAAAAUGAUGACUGAUUUAUCUAUAUCUACGAUCAGCCGAACCAAUAAGGACUUCUUAUAAUGACGUGGGCUUCCGCUAAAUUAAGAAUUUUUAGAGAUAUCCACGAGAGUAAAGCCUCUGGCGGAAGAUAUUUAAAUUUUAUUCGAAACAUCUUGGCAACUACUUUAUAAAAUAAAUUUAAUAAUAUAAAUAUCUCGAAAAGAUUCUAUAGGCUGUGUUUCCCGAAUGUUUCAUUGAUUACUAGUGCUUGAAUGUAAAGUUUAUCAAACUUAUUUUUGUAACUACCCAACAAUAAAUUUUUAUUUAAGCGACAUAAAAGAGCGACUUGAAGUUAAUUAUAGAUCUAUUUCAUAAUUUGGUAAAUUUAUUAUAUUAUGCUAACUGAGCAAUUCAGCUGAACGUGGGCUUUGAACUUUGUCUACCCCGAAAGGAGUGUUAUCUAUGUGUGUUUGUAUAAGUACUCAUAUAAAUUUUGUGCACGACUGAAUCGUUCGACAAAAAUUCUAUAGACUUCUAGUCGACUUCAAAUUCAAAAUUCAUUUUUCGGUUCAAAUUUAAGAAAAUCUGCCUAAUUCAUAGGUAAAGUGCCCGGCAUGAAAGUUGAACGAAUUUCUAGUCAAUUGACCCUUCGCAGAAUAUAUUUUUCAUAUGAAAAAUUAUUAAGAGCACUGCGCAUCUCGGAAAUGUCAAAUUAUUGGAUCUACUUAUUUGCCGGGUCUCAUACAUACAAUCACGUCUCCUUCAUUAGUGGGCAAACAAAGCAAACAACCAAGAAAAAAAGGAAGGUCACGCUCAGCUGUACGGCUUAAUAAUGGAAUUAAUAUUCAUAAAGUGACAGGUUGCUAUCCCAUCGUCAUAUCAGUAGCAACUCAAAUUUAUAAGCCUCUCCUUUGAUUGACACUUCUAAACAAGCUGAAAGAGAAGAAGAGCCAUUGUUAAUUUUUAAAAAGUUAUAAAUCUAUUUUCACAAAAUUCCCUACAUGACUAGACUAGGAUACUGGAUUCACUUUUAACUAUUCUUUCAAUAUUUGAACAUUUUGUAACAAUAUUUAAACUGUAAAUUGGCUGAAAUACAUGAAUAUGUUUUUAUA